AUGGCGGUGGUGGUGAUGGCAAUGGCAGUGGCAAUGGUGGUUUGUGAGGGAGGUAGUGAUGGAGGAGGUAGGGAUGGUAGUGGUGGUGGCAGCGGCAGUGAGGUGGUGGCGGAGGUGGGGGUGAUUGUGAUGGAGAUGGUGGAGGAGGUGGUAGUGAUGAUGGUGGUGGUGGAGGUGGUGGCGGUGACGGUGGCAAUGGCAGUGAUGGUGAUGAUGCUGACAGUGGUUGUGGUGGCGGUAGGGCUGAUAGUGAGGGUGGUAAUGGUGGUGGAGGUAGUGGCGGUGGCAGUGAUGGUAAUGGUACUAGCUAUAGUGGUGGUGACAGUGAUGGUAAUGGUACUAGCUAUAGUGGUGGUGGCAAUGGUGAAUGGAAUAUUGUGGGAAUGCUCUCCAAAUAGGUACAAAGAUAUGCACCUCCCCAAAGCUCUUCACCAAGGAUUGAAUGAGAUGAGAGAAUGA